GACAUGCUUUUUCUGGACCACGUAGAGGCGGCCUCGGCGGCGGCGGCAUUGAGAGCUAUAUUGUGCACCUUUUUAUUUUUUAAGGAAAUAUUCUCUGAUAUUUGUCCCUUUUCCGUUUUCAAACUUCCGCCCCUCAACGGUUGUAUAUCGUUAUUGUUAUUUGUAUCCCCUCCUCUAAUAUUCUUACUCAAAACAUUAUGCAACUUAAAAGAGUUUGCAUUCCUUCGAUCACGGCGAAAUCCGUAUUUUUCUUCAAGUCGGCUGCGAGAGGAUGGAUGAAAUGAGACACUCUUUUUGCUUGAAGCAGAGCUCGACUUUCCGCCCCAAGUAUGAGAUGAGUAGGAGACAUCCACCAAAAGUAGGACAAGAAGCAAUUGCAGCAUAUUCAAUGAUUGUAUACAAAAUGACAUAGUUCCCUUCGCCUAAUGAUUCCUUGCGUUUGGUAAGGGGAUACAAAGGUGCAAUCGGUUCAAACCAGCAAGUGGUGUGCUACAAUUGUCGCUGGUGUGUGUGAAUGUUGUGCCGAUGCUUCGAAAAACGAAGUAAAUCGUUUGCAUGCGAGCGAUAGAAUAAGAUGCGUUAUGAAGGCGCUGAUGGAGGUGCUGAUGGGUUUGAUACCAAGAAGGUUCUGCGGCCCUCGCAUUCUGUUGGCCACUGAUUGAUGUUCAAAGAACCGUUAGUUAACUCAGCUGUGAUGUGCUGUCAGUUUGACAGUAUUUCGGUCUUUUAGGGUAAUCGGGUGGUCGACGCCCCCUCUGUGGCAAGAAAGAGCUCUAAAACAAUGUGCGCUGCGCGUGCUAUAUCUGAGCUGGCGCGUGCAAUGGGGGGGAAAUUCCCUCAAAUGAGAUCAUGUCGAAACAAACAGACAUAAUUGUACCUCUGUGCACGGAACGUACUUAACGUACCGUAAAUACGUAAUCUUUUGUGUAAAUCGGUUCGUCCUGUAAGAGUACGUACGUACUUACCCGUAUGGCGAGUACGUUCGUAUUCGUAAGACUGCACUACCUACGUACCGUACCGAACUACGGGAUUGCCGUACAGUACAUUUCACCCGCUGAAAGUGUUAUGAGUCAUGAUUCAUGAUGCAUUUUUGAUUUUUGCUACCGCAACGAACAACGGUACGUAAAAUGGUACAGUACCGUAGGUACGUAGGGAUGUUUGUAUCUUCUCGAAUUUUCCUGGGUUAUGUGUCGGAUGUCAUCGUAUGGUACGUACGGCAUGAACAUACCUACGGUAUUUUCCUCAUGAUUUUCGUUUCUUCCGUUCCCCUUUCCAACUACGGUGCUACUUCGAGUACGUGCGCGUCGUAGAAGUACUCCUCGUACAACCCUGCCUCUCUGUGACACAGCUUUGUUAUUGUUGCUUCUUGUUGUUGUUGUUGAUUUAGACAUUCCAUUCAAAGCACUAAUAGGAAGGGCGAUUAGUAAAUCCAUUGGCUAAGUGGUGGUUUGACAGUCAGUACCUAUUAUAUUAGUACUACCACUAGUAGUAGUACUAGUAGUAAUAGUUCUGGUGGAGCCUCACCGCCAACAACAAGAAAGUUUACUAAGAAAAUCCUUCCCUAGUAGUAGUAGGUCAUCUCACCUGCUGGACACAGGACCUCUGCACAUCUUAUAUCUGCCCAAGUGCUCGUCACUGCGCGAGCCUCAACGUUUUCACACUAUUCCAGCUUAUUCCUGCUCGCAAAUUCAUAUACUACUAGUGGCUCUGCUAAUCUGCUAUCAGUCUAUGAAUGUCCCAUCGCUAGCAUAAUAGUAUACAGCAACAAGGGUUUGAAUGUGAUUACAAAAACGAUUCAUUUGAAGUUGGUGUGCAAUCGAGACGGUGCGGCGGUACGCGAACUCCUACAGCAUGCCACCCGACUGGUGAGAUCGUUAACGAAAAGAACGGUCUGUGAUUUCGCUACUGCAUGGUAUCUAAACAAUAUUCCUUGAGAGAAAAACACAUUUUUCAUUACUCUUUGAUGGAAAUGCGAUAAAACAUUGUUCAAUAGACUCCUGAUUCAUUAUAUGAUUACUUAGCUGUUUUGCGUGGAGGCUGCUGCUGGUUUGGAGUCAUUUCCGUCAUUUUGCUCCUCCGAAAGCUUUAACCUCUUCUUUGGCGGAGGGUCCGAAUGCUCAACAUCGUCCGAUGCGUCGUGAUCAUCUUCUAACGAGCGUGCGACACGGUGUGACUCUUCCUCGUCGUCAUAAUCAUCGUCGUCGUCGUCGUCGUCGUCCCUGUCGGAUGGGUAUUCGUUGGCAUCCGGUACGUAUUCUCUCACCCUAUCUGCUUCCUUGGUGAAGACGAUUUUCUUCGCGGAAGGCACCUGGUUUUCUUUAGCCAUUUUAUCCCAGUCCCCGUCAAUAUCGUGAGGAAUUUCGACUCCUAGCUCCCUGGCAAUGUUCGACCGUAGUUCCAGAAGUUCUUUUGUAUUCGGCCCCCUUCCAUUUUCUUCUCUAUACUGACGCAAGACUUCGUUCAUUACUAAAUUAAACAUAGCUGAUUUGUCGUUUUCAUCAAUCUCUUCGUCGUCGUCGUCGUCGUCGUCGUCGUCAUCGUCAUUGUCCCCGUCAUCAACCCCAUUCACUGCCUCUUCGCUUUCCCCUCCUAGUUCUUGUAAUUCUACUUCAUGUUCUGGAAUAUCAGUGCGAGAUGCAAACUUGAUAAACGCCUCCUUGGAGUAAUCCAAAAAGAACUCAUCGUUCGAAGGAACCUCUAUCGCAUCCUUUUUGCUCGCUGCCUCGGUAUUCUCUAUUGAGAUUUCUGUUUUCUGUUCGAUAUCGUCGCCAUUCUCACUGUCAAGUUCAUCGGCCGUCUCAGCUACCUUCAUUACUACAAUAUCUCCCCGAACACGAGCCUUAUGCAAAGGCGGCUGCAAUUGGUGAGUGUUGAAUGAUGGCAAAAGCUUCUGGUAGUUGACCAGAGCCUGGACAAGUUCAUUCUUUUCUUUCAUAUGUUCCGUAUCAAUGUCACGUUGAAAACAUAGCGCCUUGAGCGCCUGAACAUUGAAGUUUUUCGAGAGCUGUUCCGAAAACGAAAAACAUCCUGUAUCAUCAUUCUCUUCCUCGCUAUUUUCAUAAAUUGCUUUCAAAUCCGAUUCCAGGUCAUCGGGGAGGUUCCUCACCAUCAAAACGAUUCCUUCCUCUUCGUAUUGACCCAAAAAAGUGAAGGACCCACCCAAGAUCUCCGCUACUUUUGACUUACUCGGCGUCGUAUCUAUUCUGAGCUCUUCGAUCAGAUCCCUUAAAAUCAUACGUUGCGUUGACGUCUCUGAUGCGUCUGUUUUCGCCUCAUUGUCGCCUUCUUCGUUCUCUUUUGAAUCCCCCACGGCUGCCGGUUUCGAGUCCUCUAUUUCAUCUUCAUUCCCAUUGACAGAGGAUGGAGGUGGGCAGCGGAGAAUAACUGCACUAACAAUUG